CAAAGAUUAUACCAAUACAUCAACAGUUUGUUGUUUUUGUUGGUUCCUGAGAUUUGUUUACACGAGAACACGAGUGAAGAUGCGGGCAACCAGUUGUCUAUUUCGACAGCAUUUAGGAUGGCACUUCAAAAGAAAAUGGAAAAUUCAUGGAGCUAAAGUGAUCAAUAAUACGCCAGCGGAAGAAGUGUUAAUAUCUCUUGGAAAAACUGUUCACAAUCCAGACGAUAUUCUCUACGAAAGGCGGCCGUUUCAGAAAGUAAAUAUAGUUGGUACUCAGGAUUUGGAAGCUCCUCUUGAUGAAAACCACCCAUUGUUCAAGGAGAAACCAUGUCUUGUGUUGGCAGACCACAAUGUAGUUGUUGAAGGGCUUGACCAGAUGAAAGUACUUACAAAGUCAGUGGAAACUGAGGAUGGUCUGCCAUCUAUUGUGGAAAACUUAACACCAAAAGAAAAUUCAGAACUGAAUGAUAAAUUGGUCAAAAGGUGUAUUCUGUCAUCACAUGUGUUUGAUGCCUCUCAGGAAAAGCUGCCUCAUAUACGUGAUCCAAAUCGACCUGCUUUUAAGUUCCCGAGAGUGUAUGGUAUAUCAUACAGUCGUCGAGCGAAGCUGCUGUCAUCUCGACUCUUCCAGUUGUGUGAGUCCUUGGUUCAAGGAUCAGCUACACAGUCCUCAGUGAUUGAAGAUGGAAAGACAACUGUUUUCUUUGACAAGGAGAAUGACCUCAUCCAAUUUGAUUUGACCAUUGAUUUAGCUCAUAUCCGUGCUUCACCACUGAAACCACUGUCUGCUGCAGAUGAUACACUGGGAAUUUCACUUCCUGAUAUCUACCCUUUCUCGAGUACCAUUACUCUUGAGCCAAAUAAUUUCUAUGAGAUAAGGGACCAGACAUUUUUCAACAAAAAUAGACCUUCGCAGUAUGUCAAUACAGCAAUUACUUAUUUUGAUGAAACAAAAGUAUUUAAUCUCUAUGAGACUCCUGUUACUGAGAAGCAAAUACUUGGGCGAACACUUGCAAAGGCAUUUGCAGUUGCAGCAGCUCAAGCUAGACACAGAUUUGGGGGCAAUGUCAAGGACCUACCAGAACCAGUCACCAUACAGUGCAUACAGACAGAUGGAAGGUGGUUCCAUUUUUUAGUGUUCCAGCUCAACACCCUAAAUCUGAAUGGCAAAGAUGGAGUAAAGAAUAUAAUGUGGAAUAUUCCAAGAAUCCAAUUAUUUAAUUCAUGUACUUAUGUCAAAGGUAAACCAACAUUGGAGGGAUAUAAUCCAGAGGUAUUUAAGAGAUUGUUAGGAUUUUAUAAACACAGUCUUCACUAGCAGAAUGUUAUUGUCAACUAUAAAUAAACAAAUUGUAUAGACAAAUCUGAGUAAACUUUUUCUGUUAUACCAACAGUAAUAGUAUUACACCACAUUCAUGUGAUUACAUUCAGUUUUAGAAGCAAUAAAUGAAUUCCCUUUGGUAAACAUUCUUUCAUAAAAAAAACAUCGCAAUAUGUAUGAGAGAAAGUAAUUUGUCACCAAUUAUUUGAUAAAUAGUGUUUACAAGUGGAUGGGACAACUGUUAAGUUAAUGCAAAGUUAUUGAGCCAUUUUGACACAUUACCUGUCUGCGUUUGUCUUGGGCUCUUCGGCUGACAUUUUUUCAACGAUUUUUGGCAUUUCACCAGUACAAGUGGCACUGACAAAGAUUCACCCUCUGUUGCCAGUGGCAGAACAGCACCAGCAAUAGUGGGCGAAUCUUCAACAUUGCCGGCCACUAGUGCCUAAUGAAACAUCAGAAAAAUUGUAAGUGAUAUCAGCCAAAGAUCUCAAGACAAAAGCCAAUUUUACUUACCAUUCAGUUCCUUUUAUACACAUAUCAAAAAAAGUUUCGCAUCACCUGGGUUCUGAGGGUUCUGGAACCUGUACAGAAAAUUGGAAUGGAGAUCAACAUAAACAUCAUUUCUGCCCUUUUUAUUACUCAUGAAAAUCACACAUUGCAGUUUGUACCACCAUACAGUGACACCUUCAGAGGUGGUGGUCAAGAGUGCUGUACACACCGGUACUUCUAAUACCCAGUAGCAUGUCUUCUUUGCCUGUAUUCACCGUGGCAUACUAUUCACAAGUUCAUCAAGGCACUGUUGAUCCAGAUUGUGCCACUCCUCAAUGGCGAUUCGGCGUAUAUCCCUCAGAGUGGUUGGUGGGUCAUGUCGUCCAUAAACAGCCCUUUUCAAUCCAUCUCGGGCAUGUUCGAUAGGGUUCCUGUCUGAAGAACAUGCUGGCCACUCUACUCGAGCGAUAUCAUUAUCCUGAAGGAAGUCAUUCACAAGAUGUGCAGGAUAGGGGUGCGAAUUGUCAUCCAUGUAGAUGAAUGCCUUGCCAAUAUGCUGCUGAUAUGGUUGCACUAUCAGUCAGAGGAUGGCAUUUACGUAUCUAUGUCUUGCAAUUUUUUGUCUUCGUGUUGUUUGUGGACUGUUCAUAUUGCUUUUGUGACUGUUUUCCUGGUAUCUUUGAGAUCUUCCAGGGUCUUUUGAUUUUUGUUGCACAACCAAUUUUGCCAUGCCUGUUGUCUGAGCUUUAUCAGUUGGUCACACUCAUCUUACAUGUUCUUGUUUGUGGUGCUACAGUUUCAGCUGCUUUUAAAAGUCCUGCUUGCAGUUGUUGCCAAUUUUGUGGUUUUAAAAUGUGUGUUUCUUUUGUAAAUUGUUCAUUACCAUUUAUCUUUUGUACAUCAUAUUUACGUUUUGCAGAUUUCUUAGUGAAUUUUCUUUUUUCUGGAAUGACAUCUAGGGAGAAUUUUGUUGGGUAAUGGUCAGAAUCUAGGUCUAGUCCAUUAAGGACUUUAAGUUUCAUGAUUUCUACUGUUUUUAUGCAGGGUAUCAUUACAUGAUCCAAGUUUUCAUUUUCUAGGCUAUUUUCUUGAAAAAUGUUGAUUUGAAAUAUAUUAUAGAUAUAAGCUCCCAGGAAAAGUAUUUACUUUUCUGGGGUCAAACGUAGAAGUUAAUAGUUUGAACCAUUUUUAUUGUAUGGUGCACGUAGUUUUGGAAUACAGUUUCUCAACAAAGACCUGUUUAAAAUGUAGGGAUAACUUUUAUAUGUAUCAUUAGUUCAGUUUGCGUAAAACUACAUGUUUUUAUAUAAAAAAUCUGAAGUUAGAUUUUCAAAAUUAAAAAUGACUUUAAUCCAAUAUGGCAGACCAAAAAUUACGCUUUGACCAACAAAAAGUGUUUUCAUUACUUACGUUUAGUCUCAAAUCCCAAGACCAAUCUUUCCUGUAACUAAUUCUUCCUGGAGAGCAAUUAUCUCUUUCUUCUUGGCGAGGAAUGCCGAUCUAGCUGAGCUGAAUAUGCUGCAUUUGGCAGCCUGCACACAUUGUUUAUAAGCUUUUUUAGCCUGAGAUCAAGAAAGGGUUUAGCAAGGAAAAGAAGAUCAUCUUACAGUAACCUAAUAUACCGAGUACGAUGUGACAGGUGCCUCAUGGAGUGGGUCAUCCAGUUCCAGAUCCCCAGUUGCCCUAAUAAUUAACUUUUCUAGUUUCAGUGAAGUUGAAGACCAGUCAGAUACAGGCCAUCCUUCCACAUCUAACAAUCCCACCUAUACACCAUUAUCAUCUAGUGAAAUGCACGAAGUCGUGCAAAGUGAACUCGGUGAUCCUGUUACAGACUUGGACCUUCCAAAGCAUAAAACUGAAUUGUUUUUCGUUUCAUGGAGUGGAAUCUUCUGGAAUGUACAGUUGAAGAAUGUAAUUUUUUGCCUAUGUCAAAAACACUUGACAGAUUUCCCAGCACAACAAAUGUAAUGCCAUACUCAACAGAUGUUGAAAGUUUGGUGCAAGAAUUCAAUAUCUUAUACGAACAGGACAAUUGGAGACUUUUCAUGGGUAGUUCGAAAACUAGUUUGAAAGCCAUGCCAUUACAUAAUGACAGUGCGCUUCUUUCCAUUCAGUCCUAGGAAAGGAAAGUUACAUCAUGAUGAGACAGAUUUUACAUGGCAUUGAUUAUGAAAAGCAUCAAUGGCUUAUAUGUGCUUAUUUAAAAGUGAUUGGUGAGCGUAUGGGCCUACGAGGUGGGCACACUAUGUACCAUUGUUGCAUUUGUGAGUGGGACAGUUGUGCUAAGGAUUUACAUUACAAACAGAAGGCCAGGGCGCAACAAGAAGCUUUAUUACUUGGCAAGAAAAAUGUCUCAUGGGAACCACUUGUAAAUCCCCAUAAAGUACUGUUACCACCAUUACAUGUGAAACUAGGGUGGAUGAAGUCAAUUGCAAAAGCAGUGAAUAAGAGCUAUGAAUAACUAUUUGAAUACUUGAGAGAAAAUUCCCUGGACUGAGUGUUGAGAAGAUGAAGCAGGGAGUAUUCAUUGCCCCACAAAUACAUAAUAUCCUUGGAAACCUGCAGUUUCAGUUUAUUCUCAGUCCUGAUGACCUAAACACGUGACAAUGCUUUAAGAAAGUUAUGUCAUUUUACUUGGGCGACAGGAGGGCUGUAAAUUACAUUGAACUUGUGAAUGACCUUAUAAUAUAUGCCUAUGAGAAACUGAAAUGUAACAUGUCACUCAAAAAGCACUUCAUUCUUUGACAUGUCAGAUUGUGGGGUGUUUAGUGAUGAACAUGGCGAGAGAUUUCACCAACAAAUCUCUGCAAUGGAACAUCAAGACAAAGCAAAAUUCAGUGCUUCAAUGCUGGCAGAUUUGUACUGAACUGCAGAAAGACUAGCAUCUUACCCAUAAGAGGCAGCCGAAGAGAAAACAUGUAUUGUAAACAAGUUAGCUGUUAACAGUGUAUCUUUAAUUGAACUAAAUUGAGUGUAGGUUUUCAUGUAUUAAUCUAAAACACUUUGAUUUAUUUUUCCCUGUGAUUUGUGAAUAGGUAGACUUUACAAUUUUGCAUUGCUCAUAUAUUUCAGUGACAUAGCCUGCCAAAUAUCUAAAAACAUAGAGCCUAUGAUGUCAUCUAUGGAUUCAGCACCCCUUAAAGUGUAUACAUUCAUUUGGAUAUUAUUCUUAUUAUUAAAAAUUUUGAUUGAAAUAUGAUAAAUAUAUCAGUAUUUCAGUAAAAAUAUACCCUUCAACACCCUGUAUAUAAAAAAAUAGAGCUAUUUUUGAAAAAUGGACUCCAUAUUUGUGACCAGUGUAUCAAAUUAAGCCUGAAACCUUUGUAAAAUAUUUGAUAAGUAAAUGUGUAUUGGGCAAUGCAACACUUCUUAGACUAUGGCCAACUAAAAUAUGUGAAUAACAUAACAGUUCAAGAACUUCCAAACCUGAGGUGAUCUAGAUUUUUAGUUGUCAUUUUCAACUUCAGCACAUUGAAAUCUAUAAAUCAGAGGCAGCCACGAAUUCGGCUUGUAAGCCAUGCACUGUCUCCUGUAGUGCUAAAAAAAAAAUUUCUUUAUUAUUUAUUUUUGGCACACGGAAGACAAUAUAAUUUUAUCUGUUACAAACUGUCGGCAUAUAGACAGAUGCCAACAUUUUCACAGAUUUUAGCUCUCUGGUUGCCGAGUAACUUGGGUUAUUUAGUUUCGUAAUCGAAGGAAGGUCAUUCACCCACAUAUGUUAUUGAAAUGUUGUAUCACUUUUGCAUCCUCAUCUUGGAGAUAUGGAAACUCUACCUGAGGAAAACAAUAUAGAAUCCUGAACAGUUUUAACAUAAAAGGAUUCGUCUUUUAAACAGAAAUUACAUUGCAAAUCAACCAGUUACAUCCACAUGUGCACAGGGACGCUUUCAAUUGAAUCAACAAACUAUCUAAAAAUCAGCUUGAGAACAGAUGUAAGAUUGUCACUGUCUUUAAAAUGUUUAGAGAACUAUCCUUGUAAUUCUUUCAAGGCCACAACUAAUUCUCCAAACGCCACAUUUUCUUUAAUGCCAGUGAGUUUAGGGAAGUGGACUGUUUUUGUCAGAAUUUGCCCCUUCUACAAAUGCAAUAUUCUUUUUAAAUGCAUUCCAAUCAAAUCAUAAAUAAGUUGUUACUCACCAUUCAGUGUCUUAUAGUGGGCAGUGUGCAAUCAAGUCCAUUUAAAAUGUGAGGUCUGCAAUCAAAUUCAGAUGUUCUAAUUUUCCUUCUUGCACUCCUUUUUCUUUCCAAAAUUCAUCAAUAACAGGAUUUAAAUAAAAAAUUCAUUGCAGGCAGGCCCCUUGACCUAACCAACAUAAUUUGCAGUAACAUGUAAGUCUCAAUACGCUUUGUUCAAGUCUAUCAAAAACUGUUGUGUGUGACUUCAGAUAUUGUACUGUUCAUAACAACUAUUUCUUCAUGUGCUCCAUGCCUGCAAAUUUAGCAAAAGUGCUUCUUCAUGUACAGAACAAUGAAUCCCAUCUGUCAGUUAUUGAUUGUAAGUUUAUGCUCUUUCAUUUUCAACUAAAUCUUUAAAUUCUUUGGUAUUAUUAUGUUAUUUUAUAGCAAAUCUGUGGUACCCAUUGAUUAUGCAACUCCAUAAUGGACGCUGAGAAUUCUCUUCUCUCUUUUCUGCCAUUCCCAUUCAUUUUUAAAGGCUUCUGGUGAUAUUUCACUAGACUGCCUCGACCGAGCCAUGUGACGCAGUGGUUAGACACUGGACUCGCAUUCGGGAGGACGACGGUUCAAUCCCGCGUCUGGCCAUCCUGAUUUAGGUUUUCCGUGAUUUCCCUAAAUCGCUCCAGUCAAAUGCCGGGAUGGUUUCUUUCAAAGGGCAUGGUCGACUUCCUUCCCCAUCCUUCCCUAAUUCGAUGAGAUCGAUGACCUCGCUGACUGGUCUUCUUCCCCAAAACAACCCAACCCAAAUAGACUGCCUCUCUUUUUGCCACCAGCCACUGGACCUGGGAACGUCUUUCAUACCACGAACAAAUAGUGAAUGGUAAACAACAGUGACACUGUGAUUCUGUCAAACUGAAGAGAGUUGUGCUGACCAAAAAAUGCCACAUUGCAAUCCUAAAUGAGAUGUUGCACUGUCUGGGGUACUUCCAAGAAGUACCGAGCAAAGCCAAAAUGUGGCAUGCACAUCUGUCUCACAUGAAGUUUGGCUUGCUGUGGCUGGCCCUGAUAUAAAUCAACUAUUUUGUCAUCUAGCAUUAUCCAAGCAAGCAUAAGUUCAUCAUGUUAACUAACACAAUAUUUUUAGUUUUGUUUAUGGAUGUCUUUUUUAGCAGUUUGCUGAAUAACACAGCCAGUCAAAACAUCAUUGUUAAAAACCAAAUAUCUGCAUUGACAAUGUUUACUUUAAGCUUGUGGGAAUUAUUGUGUAUUGCUUAAAUGUGUCACAGCAAUUUAAUUUGUUAAUAAAAAGUUA